CAGAAGCAACAUUGAUAAUUCUAUUAGACUAUUUCGGAAAACGACGCGUGUCGUCUCACAGUAUGGUGUCGGCGACUCUCGGAGUGCUCAUUUAGUUCUUGCAGAGCCAGGAUCUUAAACUUAUUCUAUAGCCUCAACCUCAAAUCGACUGGCAUCGACACGGGCGCGGCUCUGAAUCGGGAUCCACGCUAAAAGAUGUCGAGCGGCCUCAGCCUUCCUCUGAUCGACCUCUACUCCCCCGAUCGCGCCGCCGUCGCUGAAUCAAUCCGCCAGGCAUGUAUUGAGUAUGGAUUCUUUUAUGUAAUAAAUCAUGGGAUUGGCAAAGGUAUUUUCCAAAAGGUAUUUGAAGAGAGUCAGAAGUUCUUUUCACUACCUCUGGAAGAGAAGAUGAAGUUGAAGCGCAAUGAUGCUCAUAGAGGCUAUACUGCAUUAUAUGCUGAGACUCUUGAUACUUCGACUGAGUUUAAAGGGGACCUGAAGGAGAGUUUCUACAUUGGAAGCAAUUCACAAGAUGAUUUGAAUCAGUGGCCUUCCGAAGAAAGUUUACCACUUUGGAGAGAUACAAUGCAAUCAUAUCAUCAAGAUGUGAUGUCUGUUGCAAAAAGGUUAGCAUCUUUGAUAGCUUUGUCUUUGAACCUAGAUGAUAAUUUCUUCGAGAGAAUAGGGGCAUGGGAUUUUCCAAUGGCUUCUGUUCGCCUUUUGCAUUAUCCAGGUGAGUUGUCUGCUUGUGAUAAUGGUAAAUAUGGAGCAUCGGCACAUUCAGACUAUGGAAUUAUCACACUUCUUGUGACUGAUGGAGUCCCUGGUCUUCAGAUUUGCAGGGAAAAAGAUACGAAUCCGCAACUAUGGGAAAAUGUACAUCACGUUAAUGGAGCUUUCAUUGUUAAUGUUGGAGAUUUAUUGGAGAGGUGGACGAACUGUUUGUUUCGAUCCACAUUGCAUAGAGUCCUGGCAAUUGGAAAAGAUCGCUAUUCUGUAGCAUUCUUUCUUGAUCCAAAUCCUGAUUGCCUGGUUGAAUGCUUAGAAAGUUGCUGCAGUGACUCUCAUCCACCAAGGUUUCCUCCCAUUCGAAGCGGCGAUUACUUGAAGGAACGUUUAAGAGUUACUUAUUCUUAACAUCUGAGUGAAACAAACAACAAACUACAGCACAAGUGAUACGGUGAUGUGUAGAGUUCCCCUAAGAGACCUGAUUUAAACCUCUUAGUUAGCAAGAACUCAAAUGUGCACUUAAAUCUCCAAAUCCACAAUAUUGUUGAUGGGAAGUGGCUAUUUGUUUUGUUCUCGACCAAUGCUUAUUUGCUUUUGACCACCCUAUUCAUUCCUCUUUCAGAAUAGAAAGUGUACAAGAGUAUUUUCAUUUGUUUCCAAGAAUCUCAUGUCACCGUUGACAUUA